GGUAAAAGAAAUUCUGAGAGAAAAAGGAGAGGAGGAGGAAGAGAUGGAAGACGAGGCCUUCAAAAUCUCGUUUCAGUCUCGGUGAGCCGACGCCUCCGUUCUUUUUCCUUUUCUUCUUCAUCUCGUGGUCUUCUUCCUCUUCUUCCCAGAUCUUUCUCUCUCUCUCUCUCUCUCUCGAUGCUGCUUCCCCUAGAUUUCCGAUCCUUCCUUUUAUGUGAAAAAUCUAAAGAAGGCGCGAAGGGGAAAGAAAACCCAUUGGUUUUCCGGCGCCCCAGGGAAGAGAGUAAGUGGAAGGGUGGGGAUUUUCGCGUUUGGUGAUUCCCAGGAAGAACUGAGGUAAGGAAUUCCUUCCUUAAGAAAAAAGGGACUGCCUUCUCCUGCCUCCUUCACUUCCCUUUCAUGUGUUCUUCAUCGUCUUCUUCUUCUUCUUCUUCGUGUGUUGGUGGAGAGUUGCGAAAAUCUUUCCCUGGAUUUUCGUUUUUCUCUGUUUCUGGGUUUUGGUGGGUUUGUAGAUAAGGUUUGUGGGAAGAUGAGGUGGUCGUUGUAGGAUUUGAUUGAGGGAGACUGGGUGGAGGGGAUGGAGGAAGAGGAGGUGGAGAGAUUUUUUGACUCGAGGGAGGAGAUGGCGUCGGCGUCGGACUCGGGGUCGGAAUAUGGGGAAGGUUGCGAAUUGGGGAGUUCUGGUUCCUUCCUCCACGAUGUGGAAAGAUCUGGCCUUGAGGUGUGGACUCAGAGGCCGGAUAGUGUCCGGGAGAGGCGGGAGAGGUUCAUGCGAAGGAUGGGGUUGGAUCUAGCGCACGGCGAAGAGGCGGGUUGUAGCGGCGAUGGGUCGGAGGCGGUUAUCGUUGCAAGGGCGAACAACGGCGGCGCAGCACAACUAGGGAAUUUGGAUUCCGGCAGUGAAUUAUCGGCUGGUCGGUCCUCGAGGUCAAGUUGGCUGGAGGACAGCUCGAGUCAGGGGGACGAGGACGGGAUUCGAGAAGCAAAGGAGUGUGGUAGGGGCGAUUCGAUGUGUAGAAUCAAGAAUCUCGAUGAUGGUAGCGAAUUCUUGGUGGAUGAUGCCGAUCCGACUGGGGAUUUGGGGAGGAUUAGGCAAUUGGGUUCCGACCAACUGGUGAGCAUUGAUGAGUUCCACAAGUAUCUUGGUUAUUCACCGAUUGUUCAGAGUCUUAUGCGAAGAGAUGCCAUUGAAGCGUUUGAAGGUGACAAUGGCAGAAGCAAUCCGGGCAGUGACACGGACGAUACAGAGUCGACGAGGAGGAAAGGAUGGCUUGAGAGCUUUAAAGCCGUUAUUAGUAGGAGGCAUGGGCGCAGCAGAUCCAUGUCAAGCGAUCUACAGUGUACGGAUGCUCACUGUGAGAAUCUGGAGGUGGGGAGGCUUCAAAGGGUAAAGGUGCAUCAUGGUAAAAAGAGUUUUAAGGAAUUCUCGUCCGUUUGUCGAACACAAGAAAUACAAGCUCACGCUGGUUUGAUUUUCACCAUGAAAUUUAGUCGGGAUGGCAAGUAUCUUGCUAGCGCAGGAGAAGAUGGUGUGGUGCGUGUUUGGCAGGUGGUUGAAUCUGAAAGGACUAGCGAAUUGGAUAUAUUUAGUUCCGAUUCUUCCUGCGUGUAUUUCACUUUGGAUCGUUCUGGCGAGUUAACUCCCAUCGACAAGGACAAAGGUGGGAAAUCCAAUAAGAAAAACUUGAGCACUGCUUGUGCAAUAAUCCCUCCCAGGAUUUUCCGGUUAUCCGAAAAGCCAAUUCAUGAAUUCCAGGGACACACUAGUGGCGUUCUGGAUCUUUCCUGGUCACAAUCUAAGUGUCUACUCUCGUCGUCAAUGGACAAAACUGUUCGAUUGUGGCAACUGGGAUCAGAGAAGUGCGUUAAGGUCUUUCCCCACAAUAAUUAUGUGACAUCGGUCCAGUUCAACCCUGCGGAUGAAAUUUACUUCAUCAGUGGAUCAAUUGACGGAAAGAUUCGGAUUUGGUCCACUUCCAGCGGCCAAGUUGUUGAUUGGACAGAUGUACGGGAUAUAGUCACUGCUGUCUCUUACAGUCCAGAUGGGCAGGCAGCAGUGAUUGGUUCGUUGACAGGAAAUUGCCGGUUUUAUGAUGCAUCAGAUCAUCAGCUGCAGUUGGAAAAUGAAAUAUGCUUGCAGGGUAAAAAGAAAUCACCGGGAAAGAGAAUUACUGGCUUCCAGUUUCUUCCCGAUGCUCCACAAAAAGUAAUGGUCACUUCUGCUGACUCUCAGAUUCGAAUAAUUGAUAAGCACAAUAUAGUCUCCAAAUACAAAGGAUUUAGGAACACAUCCAGUCAAAUAUCUGCAUCGUUUACAUUAAGUGGUAGACACAUCAUCUGUGCAAGUGAAGAUUCUCAUGUCUGCAUCUGGAACAAUGUUUCCCAAGAACCUCCUAGGUCCAAGACUGUCAAGAGCAAUCGAACUUGUGAACGGUUCUUUUCUAGCAAAGUCUCUGUUGCAAUACCAUGGUGCCGCCCCAAAAAUACAGAUCCUGUAUCUAUUUCAGCUGGUAUUUUCGAGUCCCAUUGUCGGAGUUCAAGUGACUCGCUUACAAGCUUCGAAAAUGGUGGCAAGAGCUACUGGGAUUCCUGUGAAAGCAGUCCAAUAUCAUCAUCAUCAUCACCUGGUGGAUUCUCGAUGGGUCAUGGCUUCUUCGCCGAUGGUCUCCUCAGGGGGUCCUCAGCUACAUGGCCUGAAGAGAAGCUCCCACUAUCAAGCACAGCAGUGGUUGGGUCGAAUAUGUGUAAAUAUCAGUACAAGUGCCUCAAGACUGCUUGCAUCAACAGUGCUGCGGCGCCUUAUGCGUGGGACAUGGUGAUUGUUACUGCUAGCUGGGAUGGGCGGAUCAGGGCAUACCACAACUUUGGAUUACCAACACGGAAUUGAUCUUGGAGUCUUCCAGAUUAAUUGUAGCUUAUAGCAGAGUUUUUGGACAAUUUAUCCUCUCUGCCUCAUGAAGGCUGCAUCUAUUGUCCCCAUACGUGAACAGCUAAUAUGGAAAGCUGCUGCAGUUACGUGAAAAAAUGUGAAUUGUGGGGACAGAAGCAUGUGAAAUUUGCGGGGUGACUGCUGGAAAGGUCAAUGGCAGUAGCAUGCAAGUUCUGUAUUAUUUCCUGUCUGUGUCUGCGAUCUGAGAACUGGGUGUUCUCUGAUUCAGCCCCUAGGAGACUCGACUUGCUGCAGCCCAGACCGGAAAUCCACCGCCUGGUUUCACUGGUGAGGGAUCGUUCACUUGUCAAUCAGAAGGUGCUCUGUAUUUUAUACAAUUCUUUCAUUUGACACACAGGGAAAUUCGAAGAGUGGGGAGUAGAGAAAAGAAUCGCAUAGAAAAAAGGAAGUGUGUAUAGUUUGUAAAUCAGUGUUUUUUGCUUGGUCGGAUCUUUUUUCCCGCUCUCUCUACGAAAAAAGAAAAAAAAAGAAAAAUUGUGGGGAACCUCUAUACAUAAUAUAUGAUAUAUAUUUUGAGAAA